AUGGAUCCAUCUUCCGACGCCCAAAUCUAUGACAACAUCGCUGAGUUCAUCCUGACUGGCCUGAAGGCGUACGACCCUUCACCCGGCGGUUUGAUGCCACAGCUUUGGUCCAGCAUGCAGAAUCUGUUCUCCCUUGGAGAUCUCAAAGACGCCGACAAGGACAAAGCCCAACGCGUUAUCACUACGGACAAAAAGUCACCUUGCUUUUCGGAAUUUUCGCUCGUGUUCGACUGGACAUUAAUUGUUCAACGCGCCGAGCCGUUGACUUGGAUGUGGCUAGCGGCAUCCGAACUCUUCGCUCAUCCUUGGACAGGCCCGGGUAUCAUUCCUCCCAUUGUGGAGGAAUUCGAGCGACUAGACCAAGAGUCGAAAAUAGCCAAAGCUCAGUCCAAGUCUAAGAAGCGCCCUCCAUCGACUCCAGAGAAUCCAAAAGGUGCCAAGGCACACGAUUCGCGCCCGUCUCCCGCUGUCCCAAUGCAAACGGAACUGACGCCACCAAAAAGUCCGUCCAAUUCCUGCCAACAAACUCCACCUUUGGAUGCCACUCCUCCUUGCCAACAAGUGGUCAUGUCUGACGCCGUUCACGUCAUCGCUGGCACCCCAACAGGAACACAGGAAGCCAGUGUUCCAGCUGACGACGUCGUGGUAGCCAAGACCCACCGUGGGAGGACCAGUGCGGAAAAUGGAGCAGAGGACCACAAUAGUGCCCCAACCUACAGAGACACUGUUGCCGCUCUCCCCGCUCCCACGGUUCCUCUCACCACCGACAAACGAUUGAUGCGCCUUCUUGCUGUCCAUUGGAAUGCCUCUCCCUUUUGGCACAUUACCAUCUUCAACUUUGCUUCCGGUAUCUGGGGCGAGAUCACUUCCAAGGUCGUCCUUCUACCUUUUGCUGAUGGCCGAUUCACCCGACAACAACUGUGGAUCCGGAACUUGAAGGGGUUUGACAAAAAAGCCAAGGAUUGGGCCCACCUGAAGAUCUACCUCGAUCCCAACAUCGGCAAUCCUUACAUCCUCAACAAACCUUGGAAGACUGGGUCCAAGACCUACAAGACUGGCAUGCGGUUCGGGAUGGACACUGCCCCUCCCAUUCUCAUGCAAGAACUUCACUCUGUCUUGUCCAGUGAGCCUCGGGCGGGCGUCUUCCCGACUCCUAUCCAGGUUUCCGACAUGGUCCGGCUUGGCUUCCUCCCGUUGCUACCACAAGGAUUGGCGAUUGGUCCGCACUGCAAAGACUUGAUGCCCUUCGCUCGCGAGGCCAACCUGAUUUUGGCUGCGAACUUGGACCUACGUAAGCCCAGUUGUGCUCCCUUCCAAGCACCGACCCAUUACACCAGAGAUUGGCAGGCGGCAAAAGACGAAUUGGUCCUUGGCAAACAGUGCCCACAGCUUCAGUCCCUGAUUGAAGCCAUGCGGGAAAGGACUUGGGCGACGCGGGUUCUGACUGCAAUCUACCGGAUUCCCAUCAAACUCCCGGGCAUGCUGACUUCUGCUGUCACUGAGAACUUUGGGAAGCUCACCUUCCUGCGAUUCCUUAUUGCCGUCAUUGCCACGGGCGCCCAGGCCAAGAAGGCGGAGGAUGUAGAACCCAAGAAGCCCCCUGCCAAGGCCAUAGAGGUGCUGAGUGAUAGCGAGUCGUCCGGUGACGACGAUGAUGAUAAUGGCCCCCCAACCUUUGAGUGGACCACCAUCAUCAAAAAGUCUUUGGUUGCCUCCACUCCAAAGCCUGUGGAGGACAAGAAAAAGUCCCUCCUCAUGGCACCCAAGUCUCCCGAGGACGACGAUGCCUGGAUCGGCCAGCUUGCUCAGAUGGACCUCACCAACGACAGACCAAACCCUCUGUUUGUCAUGAUCUUAACCGCAGAGGAAGACGAAUGUUACUUGUGGUGGUCCGCCAGCGCUAUCUUCCUCUCGCGAUGA